GACGAGUUUACUUCCCGGUUGAUGACAGUCAGACAGGUCGGGCGGAAUCUUUAUCACUGCGGCCACGGCAAGUGACAGUACCACGAUGGAAGUCACCGAGAAAAUGUGCCUCAGCUAUAGGAAACCUAUCCUCAUCGUUCUCACCCUGUUCGGUCUCAUCUUCAUCCAGCGCAAUAUCAGCAAUGUGGAGAGUUGGAAGAAUCACUUAGUGUCAGCACUGCACAAGGUCCAAAACCGCAUCCAGCCGUCCAACCUCUCUGAAACCCAACAGGCGUUUCAUCACAAGCGCACUCCUUACUGUCCACAUCUGGCCCAGCCACUGUCACCUGAAGAAGAACUGGAGGAACGCAACUUGUUGGACCUCAUCGCCUGGCCCAAGCCACCCUCUGGCUCCGAAGCACUCAACUUGUCCCAGACAAGUAACCCGGUCCAUAGUCAGUUGACAAUUGUCCCUGCCAAAAACUGGUCCGUGGGCGACCAGCUGGAAGUGCAGGUCCAACUGCGGGACUUCAAGGGCCGACCCAAGCGCUACGGUGGCGAUUUGCUGUUGGCCCGGUUGCACUCCCCAAAAUACAAAGCGGGUGUGGCUGGCCAAGUACUGGACCACAACAACGGACUUUAUACCGCUCGAUUCCCGCUGCUGUGGGAGGGCUCAGCUCAGGUUGACGUCGUGAUGGUCCACUCGAGCGAGGCUGUGGCCGUGCUGCAGAGGCUGAGAGAGAAACGACCCGAUCGGCUCUACUUCUCCAGCAUCUUUGGCCAAGGUAAUCAUUCGGAGAAGAUGGUGUGCAACAUGUGUCUGCCGCCAGACCAGGGGCCACUCUGCAACUUUACGGACCUUCACACCGGCGACCCUUGGUAUUGCUACAAGCCCAAAAUGCUCAGCUGCGACACCAGAAACAAUAACGUCCUCGAAGGCUCCCUCAAAAACAUCAUCAACAGCAAGGAAGCGUUGCUCUUUCAAAGUGGCGUUAACAUUAAAGUUCCAAUUCAUGCUUCCACAUCGAAUGCCAUCAUCGUGCUUCCUUCCAGGAAAGGAGACAGCACUCAAAAACUGGACCACGCAAAGGUGGCAACGUCUGGAUACUACUACCAGGACAUUUGGAGGUCAUUGGGUGGCGUAACCAAGCGCCAGUUUGAUGGUGCGUCCAUCACUCAGUGUUUGAGCAACAAGUUGGUCUACAUGUACGGUGACUCUACCAUGCGCCAGUGGUACGAGUACCUUCUCACUGUGAUUCCAGGGAUAAAAGAAUUCAACCAGGAGAGUGGAGUAAAAGUUGGCCCCUUCAUGGCCGUGGACCUCACCCACAAUAUUCUGCUCAACUUUCGUUUCCACGGCCCACCCAUCGUCACCGUCACCGCCAUGAUGGCACGCAAGUUGCGCUACAUUGCCAACGAGCUGGACGGCCUGACCGGCGGUCCCGACACGGUGGUGGCGCUCAGCGUCUGGGCUCACUUCGCCCCCUUCCCCGUGGAGGUGUACCAACACCGCCUACGGCAGAUCCGCAAGGCGGUGGUGCGACUUCUGGACCGGGCGCCUGGGACGGUGGUGGUGGUCCGCACGCCCAACCCUCGAGCUCAGAAUCGGGACCUUAGCCUAAAGUUCAGUGACUGGUUUUCGCUGCAGCUGGACACGGUGCUGCGCGCCACGUUCGAGGGUCUUGACGUUUUGCUGGUGGACGCUUGGCAGAUGGUCUUGGCGCACCACCAACCUCACAACGUGCACCCUCCUAGGGCCAUUGUGAAAAACAUGGUAGACAUGAUGUUGUCCCACGUUUGUCGUGACAGAACCAAGAAGACUGAAUGAUAUCUGUAAAUCAAACUAUGUGAAGUAGAAACCAGUUUAUGGCCUGACUGACAAGGAGAAAACACGCACACACAAACACACACGCCCUCUUUUACUUUGUUAGUAUUGAUGGGCCUCAGAGAUACGUCUAAAGCAACAGAACUUUGAAUGUGGUUAUUGGUUAGACCAGGGGUCGGCAACUCGCGGUUCCGGAGCCGCAUGCGUCUCUUUAGCACGCCCCCUAACGGCUCCCUGGAGUUUUUGCAAAAAUGCGUGAAAAUGGAAAAAUACGGGGUUUUUUUUUGUUUCUGGUGUUUUUUUAAAUAUGUUUUUUAGAGGGUUAUCAUGAUACAAGAAUUGUUAUGCUUUAAAAAUGUAUGUAGUUGUAAAUAUAUUAAAAAUACCGAAUUUAAGAAUGACGCCAAAUUGCAAAAUUGCGUCAUAGCCUGCGACGCAGCACAGGUGAGUUGUAAACAAACAGGUGUGUGAGUGAUGGGCAGAGGCUUUAAGAAAGAAUGGACUGAACUUUAUGCUUUCAUUGAAAAAUGCUGAACCCUUUCCUGCAUGUUUGAUUUGCAAUGAGAAGUUGUCAAAUAACAAGAAGAGGAAUUUGGAGCGACAUUUUCAGCUAAAGCAUGCUAAAUUUGCUGCCGAUCACCCUGUUGGAACUGAGAGGAAAGGUGCAAUUUGAAGAACGAAAAAACUGUUUCAAGAAGUGGAUUGCAUCUCCAAACUCUCCUACUGCUGCAAGUUUUGUUGCAGCCCGGGAGGUAAUAAAGCACGGAAAACCAUUCA